GCAAUAUUCUGUUUCACCAAAACUCGGUGAGCCAUGGUGAUGCACUGAAACAAGUUGCAACCACUGGCUUUCCUGCAACAGGUGUAUGAGAUUUCACAAAGUCCUACUGCAAUAUACUACUAUCACUACACAUAUAUUUGCUGUUUCACUCUCUUUAUCAGGACUCGCAGGCAUGCUUGCGCAGACAGUGGGUGGGGCAGGGUGAUACUGUUCUACAGCAGCGCUUUUGUGACAGUCAAAUUAACGUUUGCUUGAAGUAUUCUUAAAUCUCUUAGUUUAUUUUGCUUUGGUGUCACAGCAAACCUGGUCAUGGUUCUUGUUAUUUGAGCAUCGAGGCCAGCAUGACUGACUCUUAUACUUUGUAAGGGCAGGUGAAGACGCGACAGACCACCCGACCCGCGACCUUCGUCGGCCAAGAAUUGCCUGAGCUUACUUUACGCAUUAGGUUUCUCCUUCGGCGUCCUUUGGUCUUGGGGAAGUGCUGGAACACACGCUAUGGUGUCAGGAAAAUCAAUACACUUUGUCCGUCAAGUUGACAAGGCACCGAAAGUGUUCUGUGUGUUUCUGUGUAUGAUGUGGCUCAUUGCUCUAUAUUCAACUCUUUCCAACAAGUGGUCGCAUUCCUCGAAGCUGCUAAUGUAUGUAUAAAUGGGUUUCCAAAAUUGGUCUUAAGGCACUGUGAACACAGGACCAAUAGAUUCUGUUCGGGCAUUGCUGAUAGCACAGUCCCAAACAGCUUAGGGCUCCGUCAAGAAAUUAAGAAGCCGAACAAUUUCGGACCCAACAUACCGUAGAAGUCCUCAAUAUCUUUUCAAUGGUUGGGGGAUCCGAGCGCAAAAGACCCUUGAGCAUCACUUCGGUACAGCUAAAACAUAUGGCCGUAGGCACACAGCCACUGGGCAAAAAUCCAUGUUGGAGCUUUGUGGUGGCACGUGGUGUUCCAACGGCUUUACGAACUGUCUACUCUCUGCUCUGUCGUCUUGGAGUUGGUGCUUCAAUGCUUCAGUGAGGACAACCAGGACCACCUCCACCGACAACAGCACCAGCACCACCAGCGCAACAGUGCCCACCACCUCCACCGACAACACCAGCACCGCAGACCGCAGAUGCAACAGGCCCCCCUUCAUCGAUCGACUGGUUGGUGAACUGAAGCAAACGAUCAUCCGCAUAUACCCAGCGGAGACCCCGUCAAACCCACUGCAGGCCGAUUUCAUGGUCAGGGCUGAGGCCGACGGACGAGGUAUGCACACCUCUAACCGCAAGUUCGAGGAGGGAGCCUUUGAGCUACAUCUCGCAGAAAUGGAAACGCGCCUGCGCGCUGCUGUGACGGAGCUGGUGGAGCCAACGGUCCAAAAGAUCACUGUCCUGAACUCCGAGGUCGAGCACUUAACAACCUCUGUGGCAAGGCACAUGAAGGAGCUGGACUCAAUCCAUCUCGGUCAACUUCGCUUUCAAGAGCAGGUGGGUGCUGUAGCGACAAUGAAGGACGAGAUGGCCAAAUGGGACAGCCAACGGAAGAUCUACGAGGCCGCAGUGGAUGAAAGCUUGGAAGCAAUGCGCCACAAGCUUGACUCGCAGCGUUUCGCCCUUGAGCAGAAGGAGUCCACCUUGCACCACCUGAACCGCAACUUGGACCGCGUUGCCAGCGAGGUGAAUCGAUUGCUCGAGGACCAAGAUGCUGUGAGGGAGGUUUGCGAAUCUCGGGUCGAUGAGCAGAGCAAGAGGCUCACCCUUUUCAAAGCUGAGAGCGAGGUGCGCUUUGCCCGCAUGGAGAGGCAGCACAAUGCCUUGAGUGACGAGCUUUGGGGAGAUGAGCUGGGAUUGGCGAAGGUGGCUGGAGAACUCAAAAAGACCAACGCAACCUUCGGGAAGUUGGAGGACGCAGUGGCAGCACUGCAGGAAGAGAAAGCUGAAGCUGUGCAGUUGGAGAAGCUUAGAGCAGAUGUCGCAAAGAUGGUUCAUGAAGCAAACACCGCCACGUCGCAAAUGCGGCAGACUGUGGGAGAGGUGGUAAACGAUGUGCGUGAGCACUUCAGGACCGCCUCGCAAACAAUUGCUUCUCACAACGCGAGCUUUGUGAAGCAAGUCCGUGAAGAGUAUCAGGCAGAGCUGAAGAGUUCAGCCCAGCUACGAGAAGAGGUGAAAAACUUCAUGAACCGUGCCUCACAAAGCGUGGAGAGUUUGGAGCUCCGUGUGGACGAAGUGGCUUCAAAGGCGAAUGCUCUAGCGGCUGAAGCUCGUGAGGAACUGGAGGAGCUCAAUCGUCGGAGGAAAAGAGACAAGACCUCAGCGGACAAUGAGCUGAAAGCCUUGAAGAAGCGCUUGGGUGGUGUGUUCGACAACUCUGAUGCCGUUCUACGCGGCAUCGAGCACAUCUACUCUGUGUUGGAUCCUGUGCUCGAGAGCGAAUUGAUGCAAUGUGCGCUCGAGAAGCAAGAUGCUAUCGACCGAGACCGGAUCUCUUUGAUGGGGGUGAAGGAUGAUGAGUUAACCUUGGCCCGGAGUACGCACACAGAGCCUCAGCGACCUAGACCAGAAUGUCGACUGCAAUCAGCGCCUGGCGGCUUGAAGCCCAAUAAAACCUCCAAACAGAAGCCUGUGGUGCGUGUGGACAAUCGGUGUGUAUCCUGCAGCGGACAAGCUCCUUUGGUUCUUGCAGCCUUCAAAAUGGCCUGCUUGCAUUAUGCGCCUUCGCCGAUUGAUCAUCGGGGGCACGUGGUGGAGCGACAUGAGCUUCUAGAGCGCAGGGAGCAACUCUUGCUCACUGCGAGCCGCUCCUUGCUUCGCGGCCCUGGCGCACUGACAGAGGAUGGAGGCGAUGAGCUAGGUAUGACUGGAAGAGCUGGAGCGCCCAGCGACACAUCAGAGGAGAAAGUGGAUGCGUUUGCAGAUUAUGCGGUGGUGGAGGUCCAAUGUUCUGGCAGAUCGAAGCCAUCUAGGUCACAAGAUGCCAUGCGUUUGCCCAACAUGCCUCAGAGCGGACCCCCGCGAACUCCACGCAUAGUGGCCUAAUCGACAUCGCCUGGGCUUGAUGAGAAGCCAAAAAGUUUUGUUUUCCAG